AUGAGUGGAAAUAAAGAAAGGAGUCUUAAAAAUCUUUUCAGGAGAUCGAAAUGUAAUAAUCUUACUUACCGCAAAGCCAUGAACGCCCUCUACUCCGCACAAUAUCAAGAAUCUAUCGUAUAUUUUACCCAAUUACUCAUAAAAUACCCUAAUAGCUAUUCCAUCCAUUGUGACCGUGCUUACGCAUAUUAUCAUGUCGAAUCCUGGGAUCUCUCAUUACAGGAUCUAGAAGUAGCCAUCACUCGAUUCCCUAAUAGAUCACGCGCUUACGCUCUUCGGGGGGAAGUUCAUCGAUUGAUGAUGAAAUACCCCGAGGCCAUGGCAGAUCUUGUGAAAUCCAUCCAAUUACAAGAAACAGCUUUUGCAUUAAGAGCUCGCGCAGAAGUUCAUUUUGUAUUGUCCGAGUAUUCCGAAGCCAUCGAUGAUUUAAAUGCCGCCUUGAAAAUUGAACCAAACAAUUCAUAUACCCUUAUUCGAAGAGCAAAAGUUUACACCAAAUUAUGCCAAUAUUCAAAUGCGAUAUCAGACCUGGACUAUGUGUAUGAAAAUGACCCACAACACCUUUCUUCAACGCUGGCAAAUCGUGGAGAGGUUUACCGUAUAAUGGGGAGGCUUGAUAUGGCACUGGCGGAUUUGAAUGAAGCGUUGGAACGCGAGGUGAAUAACACACUGGCAUUGGAGAGAAGAGGUGCGGUGUAUCUUCAGUUGAAUCAACUUGAUGAUGCUAUACAGGAUUUCAAUAAGGUUGUCGAAGAAAAUCCUAAUAGCGUAUUCGCAUUAAAGAAUCGUGGGUAUAUCUAUCUCAAACUUGGAAAUCUGCACAGGGCCUUGAAUGAUUAUACCGCAGCCAUACAAUUGGAUUCCGGCAAUAUAAGGCUAUUGGAAAAAAGAGGAGAGAUAAAUCGAUUAUUGGGUAAUUAUCAAUUAUCCCUAUAUGAUUUAAACUUGGCCUUACAGAUUUCACCAAAAAAUGCACGUUUACUUGGGAAACGCGGAGAAGUGCAUCAAUCGAUGCAACGUUUUGAUAAUGCACUAUCGGAUUUUAGUAAGGUUUUAAAAAUAGAACCUGACUGCGUAUUUGCAUUAACGAGUAGGGGCGAGAUACACAGAAUGUUGGGGAAAAACCAUGAUGCACUCGCCGACUUUACUGAAGCAAUACGUUUGGCUCCUGAUUACAUUUUGGCACGUGAACGUCGAGGAGAAUUGUAUCGUAUAUUCCAGAAAUACGAAAAUUCGCUGCAAGAUCUAAAUCUGGCGUUGCAACUUAAACCGAACAGCGUGUUCUCCCUCUCUAAUCGGGGUGCCGUUUAUUACAUGUUACAUAGAUACUCGGAGGCAUUGUUAGAUUUGAACUUGGCGUUGAAGAUUGAUCCACAUAAUAUAUUUUCUUUGGGAACUCGCGGAGCCGUGUAUCAUUCAUUGAACAUGCAAGAAGAGGCGUUAAGGGACUUCAACUGUGUGCUGAACAUUGAACCUCAAAAUCAUUGGGCAUUAUACUAUCGUGGCGCCUCACUUUAUGCGCUAAAUGCGUUGGAUGCGGCGUUGGAUGACCUAAAUCGCGUAUUAGCCAUGCAACCUGAUUGGUUUUAUUCUUUAUCAUUGAGAGGAGAAGUGCAUAGAUCGAUGGGACGUUAUGCCGAGGCAUUGCUAGAUUUUAACCGAUCAUUGUCUAAUGCCAAGAAUAAAUUUUCCUACACCAGUCAUGCGGCGAAGGUGUUGAUUAAUCGGGGAUCGAUAUAUCGGAUUAUGGGUAGAUAUGCUGAGGCGUUGAUGGAUUUGAAUGAGGGUUUGUCGAUAGAACCGAACAAUCUGUUGGCGUUGUGUGAAAGGAGUUUCGUAUAUUUUUGGUCGAAGAGAUAUGAUGAGUCAUUCAAGGAUUUAAAUCGAGCAUUGCGCAUUGAUCCGAACUGUGGGAUGGCAAUUAAACAACGGGUGACUUUCGAAGAAAUGCUAAGGAAGGGAGGAUCAACAUCAACAAUUUUUAAAUUAAUCCAUCUCGGUUGCGAACGAAAUAAUACCGUAAUACCAAAAUGA